AUGGCUACUAGCAACGGCGACCACACAAGCAGUGAACACAAUGUCACACAGUCAACGGCGCCCACAACUCAAAUCAACCUGACUGGGAAGGCUAUUGCUAUCACAGGCGCCAACAGAGGCAUCGGGCUUGGUAUCGCCAACUCAUGUCUAAGCAAUAAUGCUGCGCAUGUGUACGGCAUAGACAUCGGCGAUACGACUGAGGAUUUUGUGGAAGUGCAAAAGAAGUAUCCCGGCCGUCUCCAUGCACUGAGAGCAGAUGUCACGAAAGAGGAAAGCGUCACGAAGGCGGUGGAUAAAAUCCUCGAGAGUGGCGGAUUGCACGGUAUGGUUGUAAACGCAGGCAGGACUAAGCACAGGCUGGCACUGGACUUUACGACAGAAGGGAUUGAACAGUUGUGGUCCAUCAAUCUGUACGGCUCGUUCUAUAGCGCGAGAGUCGCAGCAAGAGCUUUUAUCAAGCAAGGCGUCAAGGGCUCUAUUGUAUUCACAGCUUCGAUGGCGUCGUACCGACCGAACAAGCGAGUUCCGUCGGCACCGUAUGAUGUCGGUAAAGCUGGUGUGAGACAUAGUGCUGACCUGGUGGUGCCGUAA